GUAACCAGGCGUUAUUUUCAAACGGAGUCGCUCGUCGUCUUGCACAGACGAUCUUGGUUGGCCAGUUUCGCUCUGACGCGGCUCUCUGGCUGGCUAGCUGUCAGAGGAAAGGACUGGCAUCUCUUCUGGCUGGAAUUUCUUCACAGUAAAAAGGCUGAUGAAUCCCUGAAGCUCGUUUCUACCGCUCGUUGCCUGGACACAACCCUGAGACCGGAUGACAGGAGAUGAGACACUGGAGCCCUAGACCACAUCAUGAGCAUUCAAAGCCUACAAGGAGCUAUAGGGGAGUCUCUUGGCUCUAGUCUCACAGUGCGCAUGAGUGGAGCAGGUGGCGGGUGGAACGGUCUCUCCCUGAAACCUGUUUCCCCGGGGUGGAUCGCCUCCAUUUUCCAGACCAUGGUCCCUACUGGUUACACCAAACUUCAGGAGGAGCGGCUGGCCAUGGUGGACCUUGGAGCUAAAUCUGAGGCCAACUCGCUCCAGAACGGGUACAGACAGGAGACGUCUCAUAUAGAAGGAAGACGGGUUCUGGACCGGGCCUCUCGGGCCUCUUUGACUUUAUCAGACUGUGGCGAUGGAGACUGCUCGGAGACAGAGCCUAUGCUCACUGAGAAGAGGCUCUCAGGAGAAGAGGCAGAUGGGGAGGAGGAAGAGGAGGAGGAGGAAGGGCUGGGAUCGAACACGCAGAAUAUGCCAAAGGAGUCAGCGCUGGCUAUGGCAUUUCAGAUUUUGGUGCCUUUCCUUCUAGCCGGAUUUGGAACCGUAUCAGCUGGAAUGGUGCUGGAUAUUGUGCAGCACUGGGAGGCGUUCCAGUACAUCACAGAGAUCUUCAUCCUGGUACCUGCUCUGCUCGGCCUCAAGGGAAACCUGGAGAUGACUUUGGCCUCGAGGCUGUCCACAGCGGUCAAUGUGGGCAAGAUGGAUUCUCCCAUCGAGAAGUGGAAUCUAAUCAUAGGGAACCUGGCACUGAAGCAGGUUCAGGCCACUGUUGUGGGUUUCCUGGCGGCCGUAGCAGCCGUGGUUCUUGGUUGGAUUCCAGAGGGGAAGUUUCAGAUGAGCCACGCUGUUUUGCUCUGCUCCAGCAGCGUGGCCACGGCCUUCAUAGCCUCCCUGCUGCAGGGUAUCAUCAUGGUGGGGGUAAUUGUGGGCUCGAAGAAGACGGGGAUUAACCCAGACAACGUAGCCACACCCAUUGCAGCCAGUUUUGGUGACCUCAUAACCUUGGCGAUCCUGGCCUGGAUAAGCCAAGGCUUGUACAAGUGCCUGGAUUCCUAUCCGUAUGUGUCGUCGUUGGUUUGGGCCUUCUUCAUGUGUCUGACUCCGCUGUGGAUCGUCAUCUCCUCCAAGCACCCUGCCAGCCGCACCCUACUCUACUCAGGAUGGGAGCCCGUCAUCACUGCUAUGGUCAUCAGCAGCAUUGGAGGGCUCAUCCUGGACAAAACGGUGUCUGACCCAAAUCUGGCCGGCAUUGUAGUGUACACCCCCGUUAUCAACGGUAUUGGAGGUAACCUGGUGGCUAUUCAGUCAAGCAGGAUCUCCACCCACCUUCAUUUCCACUGUGCUCCUGGGGAAGUUCCCGAUGAGGCCAAGGGCUGCUACUACCCCUGCCGCACAUUCUGUGGUACAGGCGCCAAUCAUCGUUCUGCACAGGUGCUCCUCUUUUUAGUCAUCCCCGGUCACCUACUUUUCCUCUACAUCAUCCACCUCAUGAAGAGUGGCCACACAACCCUGACGCCCAUCUUUAUGUCUGUCUACCUAGCUGCUGCUAUGCUGCAGGUACUACUCUUGUUGUGUAUAGCAGACUGGAUGGUGCACUCAAUGUGGAGGAGCGGCAAAGACCCAGACAGUUUCUCCAUCCCUUACCUGACAGCGCUAGGGGACUUUUUGGGCACCGCCCUGCUGGCACUCAGCUUUCACUUCCUGUGGCUCAUAGGAGAUCAGGACAGCGACGUGGGCGACUGAAAGCGUGCCACUUCUACGCCUCUAAUGCCCUUAAGCCUUGUUGUACCGUUGGGUGCUCCCUGUUGCUGGUCAGCACGUUCCUUAACUUCACAUCCUGGAUGAAACUUUUAAUCUACACGAUGGUUUAAAAACUGUUCCUGUUUAUUUCUACAUGCAAACCACAUCGUACUCGUUAAAUUUAUGCUUUUGUGUAGCGAUUGUGACCUGCAUCAUUUGCACCAAAGCACUGCUGGUUUUCUUCACUGAAGCAGGAAAUCACCAGCCAUCACCCACAAACCCGAAGAAACCUUAACUGGUGGACUCUGCAGCCCAGCGUCAGUAAGAGGUCUUCAGUGAAAAAUUAAAAGCGUGUCUUAUAUGUGGAAUAUUUGGGGGGGAUUGUGUCUGCUAUCAUGUCGAGUAACAUCAUCAAGUGAAGCCUGAUGUGACUGUUAGCAAAUGAACUUGUGACUGCUACAGACUCAAGAGAACAGCGUGAGUUUGUACUGAUGGUACGAAACGUUUACCUGUCUCCCCACAUCUGUGUAUUUUUGUCUUUAGUUGUUUCAUAGUUUGUGUUGGAUUUCUCUGUUCUCUACAUAUUUAAGGAACCUUCCUCUCUAUGUUGUACCUGUGUUCUAUAUGUUUGUAAUAUCACCAAUCAGCUGUCAGGGUUGGAUACUGGGGCCAGCUUGUGGUGUGUGGGAUUAUCAGCAAAAAUCUAAGGUUGUGUGGUUUGUUUUCAGAUGGCGUCCCCGUGGAUCCGACUCUUUCUGAUUUUGUGGAGAGCCACUGGUGUCACUUUUUUUCUCUGUGUUCUCAGUGUUUGUGGAUUGGGGACCAAAAAGUCUGCUCAGCAUUGAUGUACCUGUCUUGGCUUGAAUUUAAAAGUUAUAAACCAAGAAUCAUCUUAUUAAAGAUGCUUGUAUUGGAAGGUGAACAGGGGUAAAAACAGAUUGUGCCAGAUUGCUGAUAGUGGACCUGUGAUUAAGUUCCUGACCCACGACUUACCUGGAGCAGUACUUGGUGGGAGUGGGGGUGGAGGUGUGGGUGGGUUCUGGAUGAGGGGUCUUUUUCUUUUGUUACUAUUCCAACACCUACACUCACAAGACUAAAGUGACAGGAAAGCAUCAGGUGUUGUAUAAUCUAAGAUCUACAUGUUUGGCCAUGUUGCAGCUGGCUAGUUUCAGAGUUAAUGUUUAUGAAGUUACUCAGUGAGACUACCAGUAACAUACCUGUCUUAGUCUGUUCAUGCUGGAGACUUCAGUUAGCUGAGGUAACGUUACAUUUACCAAACAUAUUGUUUAGACCUCAUGCUGGAAACCUGACAACUGCAGACUGGAAGCCUAAGAAACUCUGCAUAACAUUACAUGCGAGCACUUUAACCACCUGUGCAGGGACGUUCAGAUGAUUAUCACGUGUACACAUGCUUCAUGUGUACACGUGAUAAUCACAGCACAAACAUUACUAUAAUUAGCCUGCAAGUGCACAGUGACACUUUUAAUGAUACAGCCAAUUUUGAACUAAAUAUCAGUUUAGAAGGUAUAAACAGCCCGUCUGACAUUUAUAUAUUCAGGAUUAAUAGUUAAUGUUCCAGAGAGCAGGGAGUGUAUUUCUUACGUUGUACAACACUCUUUACUGUCACAAUGUCACGUCCUUUUUACCUGUAAACCUUGGCAACCAACAAUGCCAACCACCCCACAGCCCCGCCUCCCAGGUCAGAUCUUGUGCCUGUGUCAGCGCGCCCUCUGACCUCUGUUUGACCUCUCUUCCUCAUGUAUCAUCACUCUGAUGCUGGUUUACAAUUCCACUGUUUGGAAUUUUCCUUCAUAUUCCUUCAAAGACCAGCAGGUGCCUGUCCCUGCGGGAACCUGGCAAAUGUGGGAGCACAGAGCGUUCUCACUACAGGGUCCACAUGAGCUCUGUCACCACUGUCUCAUAAAAAGUCCAGACAGACACGGCGUGUACAGCUUCAAGAAUCCCUACAACAACCGUUUUCUUUGUUCGGAGCCUCACUGCUGGGUCUAAAAGUCCACCUCGGGGCAAACUUGACCCAGAACAGCCUGAAUGUGCAAACGUUUGUAGCACUUGUAAAAAAAAAAAAAAAAAAAAAAAAAAAAAUGAAAUACUUUCAUUUUUGUGUAUUUUGGGUCACUUUAAGUGAAGUCAUCAAAUUUUAGGCUAAAAAAAGACAUUAUGGGCAUUUUUAGUCCUGUCAAAUAUGACCAAGAAUUAAUUUCUGCUUUUUGUUUGUCGUCUGUUUGUGAAAUGAGGUUUGUGAAACAGAGUGGGACCACUGACGUUCCACAGUGGAUGAUCACAUGCCAGUCACAUGCUGUUUACACGAUGAAUCAUCAGUUCUCAGAAUCCCGAUUAAACAGCAGAUUUCACCUUGAAAAGAUUCUUUUUCCAAAUGUAUUGUUUCAUUAUUCAGAGAGCAGUGAUUCAGCUGAGUCAGCCUGAUGUUAAAUCAUUCCCUGUAGCUCCUCCGGGAAUGAGAUGGGAGAUUAAACCCACUCGUUGAAGUUAUCCUGAAGUGAUGUGCGUAUGUGAACGUAGCCAGUGGUUCUCUUUAAACCCAAAAUGUGCCUCUCGAGAUUUACUGGUUGACGAGGUAUUUUUCACUCUGUCACACCAUUAAUGCAACUUUCUUUCUCCUGUAUUGUAACACUGUGCAAUGAUCUUCUUUUGUACUCUCAGUUUUUGGAGAGUUUCAUUCCAAAACAGCAUAUCCACCAUCCUAAUUGUGAGAAACUACAUGCAGAAAUGAGAAGCCGAUUGGGAUUGGGACUGUUUUUUGGAAUGAAACCCUUUGUUUAGGUUUGUGGCUCAUGUGGGCCAGAAAUGAUUCAAAAAUAAUAAAUAUCCUUGAUUUGAAAA